AUGGAGGACAACCUAGACAUACCAGAGGAGUCUAUGCGACACAUUGAGGCCCUGCUGGCAAGGCAUCCUCCACAUUUGAUCCAGAGGAUGUUUUCUCAGGCGAUAGAUUCGCGCCGCAACUCUACAGCCUCGUCAUUCAUGUCUACCAGCACUGCGAGUUCAUCUACAACAUCCUCGUCGGGGUCAUCAUGGCGGUCUCGGCUUUCUAUGGCAUCGACAUUUUCUUCAUCCACAGGGAGCAGUGAUACGCGCAGUUCCAUUGCUUCCUCGUCGUCGUCGCGCUCUAGGAUGAGAAGGGCAGAGCCACGUUCCUACCCAGCUGGUCUUGAUCCGACACGUCCGGUCCCUGCUUCCAUGCCUGCGGUGGAUACCGAGAGUCCACUCGACCUCAAGAUUGAACCAAGUUACACACCAACAGAUGACAUUAGUGUUGCUUCUCCAUCGCUGAACCCGGAUGAUGACAAGUCACAGAGUCAGUCGGGUGAGCCAUUCAUGUUCUGCACCUAUUGUGCCGAACAAAAGAGCCAGAAGACGUUCAAAGCAAAGUCUGAUUGGAAGAAACAUGAGAUGAGGAUGCAUGAGACGGGAGAGGACUGGCCAUGUGUUGUCAACGGUUGCAACCGCAUCUUUGACCGCCAAAAGGAUUUCAUCAAACAUCAUCAGCGCUACCAUGCCGGUCGGCCUUUGCCAUCGCUGACAGACAUUGGCAUCACGUUACUGCCGAGAAGAGUGUUCGGUUGUGGAUUCGACAAGUGUAAAGAAGUCAGCAUCGGUUGGGAUGAGCGAUGUGACCACGUCGCGAAGCAUAUGAAGAAUGGCGCGACCAUGGACCAAUGGAAAUAUUCUAAUGUGAUCAGGAAUCUAAUACGACAGGAAGCUCUUCACGACACAUGGAAAGAGCUUAUCGGUUGCUUGGAUGAGAGAUUGCGAGAGAGUCGGUCGCAAAUUAGCUGGUGUCCCGACAACUCGAGAAUCCUCCGACAGAAGCUCCAGUGCUGUGAUCUUCGACCGAGUCGGGAAGAGGUUUUGAUUACUGCCUUGAGUCUACGCGCUGAUAUACCCCUGGACCCUGUGCAUCAACAGCUACCCACCGGCUUCGUAACACCCUCACGAGAUUCCGUGCCGCAUGUUGAGAAGCUGUCGCGCGAGCAGCGAAUGCACAUACUCAUCGGAAACUCAAACCCACAUCACUCAAGAGCGAGGCUCGCGAGUAUCAACGCAGCUUUGCUGCGCAUUAGUAGUUCGUUGGCGCACGUGCCUGACUAUGAUUGCGGCUCGUCUCCAUUUGUGGAGCCGCAGACGCCCGCAGUGGAUACAGCCAGCCGCCGUAUCAGUUAUAUGGACGUGGACCCUGGAGAUUAUCUGGACGUAGCGCAACCGGCUAUUCCUGAUCUCCCACCGGCUAUGACGACAUCCACGAUGCAUACACCUCAUGCACACUCCACGCCAGUCAUGGAUCACGAGCAGCACACACAGUUGUACCAGAACGAGUACAUGGACCAAGUCAAGGUUACACCCAACCCAUUGGAAUCACUGUAUCCCAACUACUUCGGUGCUGCUCCCCAGUUCGAAGAGUCGCAAUACUACGACCGCCCCUCGUUCGGUCAAAUGAUAUCGAAGCCGCUCCACAAGAUAGGCACUCGGAUAAGCAGCUCAAGAGGCAGCUCUUCGAAUCAGAGACCAUCAUCGCAGAUGAGUCAAGCUUCGUCAGAGAUGCUUCCUGACUACAGUGUUGCCGCAAUGGGCAUGCGUCACCCUCAUCAGCAUCAGCAACCCCAGCACCACAUCCCGCAACACCAUCAGCAUCCUCAACAUCAUGUGAUGCCCCAGCAGCAUCAACCCUACCGCGACUCGACGUCGCAGCAAAUGCAUGACCACAUACACAUGUAUACGACGCAAAGCUGA